AAAACAAAUGUCAGUUUUGGAUGACGCACUAUCGAAGAAAAAUUAGAAUAUACAUAUUUAUAAAUCGCAAUAAUAACUUACAGAAAGUGAAUAUUUUUAAUAUAAAUAAUAGUUUUGAGCAACGCGAUAAACACGGAAAUAAUUAACCAAUUAAGAUGAGUUUCUUUGGCAAAAUGUUUGGGGGCAAAAAGGAACAAGCUCCAACUACGGGCGAAGCAAUACAAAAACUGCGAGAAACUGAAAAUAUGCUAAUCAAAAAACAAGAAUUUUUGGAAUCCAAAAUUGAAGAGGAGCUAAGUACAGCUAGAAAGAAUGCAUCCAAAAACAAAAGAGUGGCUUUACAAGCAUUAAAAAAGAAGAAGCGUUUGGAAAAACAAUUGCAACAAAUCGAUGGCACCUUAUCCACAAUUGAAAUGCAGCGUGAAGCACUUGAAAGUGCCAACACGAAUACUGCUGUAUUGACAACAAUGAAAAAUGCUGCCGAUGCCCUUAAAGCAGCUCAUCAAAAUAUGGAUGUUGAUAAGGUUCAUGAUAUGAUGGAUGACAUUGCAGAACAACAAGAUGUGGCGCGCGAAAUUUCGGAUGCCAUUUCAAAUCCUGUAGCAUUUGGUGCUGAUAUUGACGAUGAAGAUUUGGAACGUGAACUAGAUGAACUAGAACAAGAGAACUUCGACAAGGAAAUUAUUGGCAUACCAGAACCUGCAACUACGCUGCCAGAAGUGCCAGAUGAUGAAGUUGCUGAAAAAGCAAAAGAAAAGAAGAAAGCUACUACCUCAAACAAUCUAGAAACGAUUCCAGAUGACGAUCCCGAUAUGAAACAAUUAUUGGCAUGGGCCAAUUAAACAACAAUCUGGUAUUACCAUAAAUAUUCUUUACUCGAGUCUCUUGAGCAUCUUUUUAUCUAUCUCUAAGUAUAAAUAAAAUUAAAUUGAAUUAUAAUUUGUGAUUAAAUGAUUUUGAAAUCCAGCUAAAUGUACUGGAAUACACAAGUUUUCAAAUAAGUUUCCACUUUGCUUUUUAAAAGAUGUGCAUCUUAUUUAGGGAAAUUUCUUCAGUUUUUUGUUUCCUUUAGUUUUUCAUAUUUCGCUAUAUAGUUUGGACUUUGAUAACAAUAGAAAAUCAUCAUCAUAGAAUAAUUACUAUUAAAUUAUGUUUAAAUAUACAAAACAGCAAAAGUCUUAAUAAAAAAUUAUUUGCAAAUGAUAUAAAUAAA